ACCAGGAAGUAGUUUGCAGUGCCAUUUAUCACCGUUGUUCGUUUCAUUCAACAUGGAGAUAGCAUAUUGGUAGAAUAUUAAUGCAUCUCGAGACCUCAAUUAUUUAUGAGUAUAUCAACCACAUGGCCUGAAAGCGUUUAUCUGAAUCGCUUGCUAUAAACAAAUCGCCUUUAAAAAUGAGCACGAACGCAGGAUGUGUGUUAUCUGGUCACCAGUCUGUUGAGAGGCUGCAUGUUGGCGGCAAUACCAAAAGUAAAUACGGGGUCUUUCAACUGGAGGAGGACAUCCUACAGCCAUUUGCUGAAUGCAAAAAUAAGAUGGACAACUGUAGCAUCGUUUUCCUUUCCAAAGAAGAGCGUAUGUCAGCAAUCGAGCGGGUGGUGAAAACCGCAGUCGAGACUGUUGUGUAUGUUAUUACCAGGCUGAACGAUUGCACCAUCCGCGAUCUGCAGCUGAGGAUCGCUGAAAAGGAGAAGGAAAACGAGCUGCUGAAAAUCCGGAUGGAACUGACCGAGAGAGAACUGACUGGACGCAUUCACCGUCUGACCGCACAGAAUGCAGCCGUUACCAAGAAUAAAAGAUCUGACGAUCCAGCAAGCGAGAGACGGUUAGCCAAGCAGCUUGUAGGUUUACCGGCGGAGCAGGGGGGCUUGUCUCCCGCAGUCACGGACGUAGAGAACAGUGCCGUAGAAAGUGAUACGGAGCAGGAGGUGCUUGCUGACAGUGAUUUCUCUGGUGCAGAAGAGGGACUCCAAGGAGAGAAACUUGCCUGUGUCAAAAACGAACCCCUUGAUUGGAAUUUUUUCGAAGUUGCCUUGGUCAACGGACCUGUGCCACCUGAACAAAACUGUGGCUUGUUACAACCAGGAUCAAAUUCAAAUAGCCGAAAUGUUUUUGAAGUAGAUUCAACAUCUAUUAAAGAUGAAUCCAUGGAUGCACGGCCAGUCAUCAUCAAAGAGGAGGCAAAUGAUUGCGAAGGUCUGGACGUAUCAUGGGAAGUUUCUAAAGGAGGUAGUUCAAACUGUAUCCAGGAAGAAGGUCUAAAUAAAGAAUUACUUUUAAAACACAAUUCUGUGCACAUACAUCCGGGCCUUCCAAAAGAAUUUUGUUAUGAUUUAAUAAAAGAAGGCAGAGACUGGAUAUUUAAAAAUGGCAAUUUUGGAAGUGGGACUAAUUUUUAUCAACAUGAAGGACCAAUGUACUCCUACAACUCAGUAACACAGAAAAUGAACAAGGUGUCUGCAACAGAAAAGCAGCAUUGUUACCUGGGAAGACUUAAAGCAGGCACUGAGAGGGGAAGGAUGCAAAAAGGGAAAGAUCAAAACAGGUUUACCCUUUGUCCUAACAAAACAAAGAACACUGCACUUUCAGAACAGUAUAAUCCUGAGCAAGGUGUUUCUAGAGCUGCCCUGAGACAAAGGAGGUAUAGAGAGAGCUUACAAAGAAAUGGGGUCUAUGAAGAGUACAAGAGGCAGCAAGCACUCCGUUCAGCUGCUUGGCGGAGGCGUGAAAAGACAGAAGAAGAGAGGGAAAGAGAGAGAGCACUGGCAAGAAUAAGGGCAAGACGUUACAGAGAGAGACUGAAAGCUGCGGUUGGAUGUAUAAAAAAAUCAACAACCACCUAAAUGGCCACCUGAGUAGUGUUCAAUUAUGUAAUUUAUUUACAUAGUAGCGUCUAGCAUAGAAUGGAAUAUGUAUAGGAAAUAAUCAAACUGUGUAUAUAAUGUGUAUUUGAUUCACCAGUAAUAACAAUUAAUUUUUUUAAUAUAAAUGAUCAGAUUGUUGCCAUCACCUUUUACCUUUAAAACUGUAGUCUUUUUGCCAAACUUGGUUACUGUAUUAUCAUACCUUCAGUGCUACCGUUUAUUUAUUAUAAAUUAUUGACAGCUUUUGUUGUAAACAAACUGAUUUGUAGUUAGAUGUACAGUCCUACUUGAGAGUUUGAGAAUUUGUAAAACUGUUACUUUUUAUCAAUGAAUUUCUUGUUGAAUCAAAAUGACUCCUUCC